UUUAGCAAUUCAAACACACAACCCUCCUCGCCCUCUCUACAUCCUCCUCUUCCACUUCUCCUCUCUGCUCCUCCCCAAUUACAACUACAAUUACAUUUACAGUAACACCACCAUCUUCUCUCGCACCUGCACCCCCUAAGUUUUCUCCCCCUCUCUCCUUUGAUUGGUCCAACUCCAAUUUGGGGCUCGCUCUUACAUCGUUCUUGAUUCUUCUCUACUGCCAAGAAAGAAAUCCCGCAAAGAAAGUCUAGACCGUAGAAUGCCUGUAUCGACUAGGUCCAAGGAUUUGAGCAGCCAACAGAAAAGCCAUCCAACUACACCAGCAGCACGCAGAACCCAACCACUCUCCACCCCCGACCAAUGUCGUCAACCAGAGGAUGACGAUGCCCUCAAGCAGAAGAUGAGGGCAUUAAACCUUUUGUAUGAGCAGCACAAAAGUGCCCUCUUCAAAGGCAAAGAAGAAGCACACUUUUCCACCCAACCCACUGUGAUGGGUCUUGUUUCUUCUCAAAACAUUGUUCAUGCGACGCCACGCCCGACUUCAGGGUCCGACGUCUUCAAAGAGAACGACUUUGUGGCAGCUCAUCAACCUAAAGUGGCCAGGAAGCUCUCACUGGGCCCUCCCAAAAAGGAGGAGGAGAAUGCCGCAGAAUUAGAGAGCUCCAGUCGUGGCCGAAUUCUGGUGUUCGUGCGGCUGAGGCCUACGACGAGGAAGGAGAGAGAGGCAGGAUCCAAGUGUUGCGUCAGAGUCGUAAAUAAGAGGGAUGUUUGCCUAACAGAAAUCUCAAAUGACAAGGACUAGGAUUAUCUCCGACUGAAAAGGCCUCGCAGCCGCCACCUCACCUUUGAUGCUUCAUUUCCAGACUCCACCUCGCAGCCCCAAAUUUAUUCCACCACAACAGCACACGUUGUAGAAGCUGUUUUGAAGGGGAGAAAUGGGUCGGUGUUCUGUUACGGUGCGACGGGGGCUGGAAAGACAUACACGAUGCUCGGUACGGUGGAGAAUCCAGGGGUGAUGAUCCUGGCUAUCAACGAUCUCUUCAACAAGAUCAGGCUGAGGAGCUCGGGCGGGCAAGGGCACCAUGUGGUUCACUUCUCAUACCUUGAGGUUUACAAUGAAACUGUGAGAGAUUUACUGUCCCCUGGCAGGCCCCUUGUUCUUCGAGAAGAUAAGCAGGUGGGUACCUCUUUUAACUCUUCUUCUUCUCUUCUUCUUCAAGGAAAUCUAAAUCGGACAAUGGAACCAACACGUGCCAAUGAAACUUCGUCAAGGUCUCAUGCAAUUCUGCAGGUUGUGAUUAGGUACCAAGCGCAGAAUGGUUUGAAUAAUGAUGCCCAUGCAGUAGGAAAGCUAUCGCUCAUUGAUCUGGCUGGUUCGGAGAGGGCUCUGGCAACAGAUCAGAGGACACUUAGGUCUCUUGAGGGCGCUAACAUCAAUAAAUCUCUCCUUGCCUUGAGCAGCUGCAUGAAUGCCCUUGCGGAGGGCAAGAAGCACAUACCAUAUCGCAAUUCCAAGCUCACUCAAUUGCUCAAGGAUUCCCUUGGUGGCACCUGCAUCACAGUGAUGAUUGCAAACAUCAGCCCCAGCAGCCUGUCCUUUGCAGAAACUCAAAACACACUUCAUUGGGCAGACCGAGCCAAACAGAUCUGCAUCAAGGUCUCUGACAUACACGAGGAAAAGCUGAAACCAGAUUCUGAAACAGAUCAGGACAGGUUAGUGUUGGAGUUGGAGAGAAACAGAGAGUUGAGAAUGGAAUUGGCUCAGCAGCACCAAAAGCUGAUGACAAUCCAAGCGCAGACCUUGGCAUCAGCAGCAGCUCCAACCCCGUUAAAGGCUGCGGCUUUCUUAUCCCCAGCAGCACCAACCCCGUUAAAGGCUGCGGCUUUCUUAUCCCCUACUCCAUCUUCUCAUGAUCAGACCGAUGGAAAAAGGAAGCUGAAACCUUCUUUCUUGGGAGGGGGUUGCUUUUCACCAAGAUUAAAUGGAAGAGUGGAAAAUGAGAUGUUAGGAGAACUGGCAAAAACUGUAAGGGCACUGAAGGCAGAAAUUGAGAGAAUUAAUAAGGAUUUUGCGGUGCAAAUAAAGCAAAAAGAUGAACUGAUCUGUGAGCUUUCAAGUAAGGUUUCAGAGCUAGGCGGUGGUGAAGCGGCUGGGGCAGCAAAAGCUCAUUUGAUGCAGAAGAAUAAAGCAACAACCGGUGGUGGUGGUGGAUUGAUGAAAAGCCCCCGAAACAAGAUGCUUGUACCGUCAUCAUCACCCACCACUUCCACUGUCAGAAAACGCAGCUUUUGGGACAUAGCAACAGCAACCAGUCCUUCAGUAGUGCAAUUAACUGUAAGAAAGACCAGAAGCCAUACUGCAGCAGCAGUUCCUUCCAUGCUUCCCCAGAAAUCCCACAGAGAAGGAAUGGAGCGCAAAAUGCCUACCUGCCUGCGUCAGACGAGGUCCCAAUCCAAGACUUUGAGCAGCCAAGAGGACAUGUCCAUUGCCCUCAAAAAGGACACAGAUAAGGCCACUAUUAACCCUUUCGGAUAA